UUGUUGUUUAGUGAGAAAUGUCAAACGGUUCGAUGGUGUUCGUGUUCGUGAGAUCACUUGAAAUUUUAGCAUGUUCUCAAUUCUCAUUUUAGUUUGUUGAUUAUUUUGUAGCACAGAUUACUUUGGAGUUUUACAUUGGUUUGUAGUUAAGACUAAGUAAUGAAUGAUUUUAUUAGAUUUAAUAAAGUCGCAGGUGUUUAUUGGUUGAAAAAACCUUUAGAAAAUGCUGAAAUUAGAGUCAAAUUAAAACCAAAAGAUGGCCCAAUAUCGCUGCCUAAAUUCGAAGACUACACCGCAACAUCACAGAGCAGCAUUCAAAGGAACAGUACUCAAGAAUACACAUUCAAAUGGCAAGAAAAAGUGUUCAGUGCAUGGGAGCUCCAAAGAUAUACAGAUGUUCACAACUGUAUUAUUGAUACAGAGUUGACAUACCACAAUAUGAUUCAGAAUUCGGAGUAUGAGCCGUCUAAAGUAUUUACAUAUAUUCAUGAAGAUUAUUAUUUACCAUUACCAAACAGUGAUGGAGAUAAGAGUAACACAUCUAAUGUUAGUUUAAGUUCUUGUAUGGAGAAGUUGAAGUUGAAGGAAAGAGUUAGUAGAGUAGUGGAGAGCAGUUCAAUGGGAGAUCUCUUUCGGAGUGAAGACAGUUUUAUCUGUGAGCAGUGGAUCGCUAUGCACGUAGUCCUGGACAAUUCAGAAUAUAAUGAGGAUUCUCAUAUUCUGCUAAAACAAGAAGCGCUGCUAGUCUCCUUGUACUACAACACUGCCCACAACUAUGUGAUUCUGUCCCCCAAUGUCAACGACUUGGAGUUGAACCCGUACAGUGUGGAGACUGCCACAGGAGCGCCGCUGGAGUACCAGUAUGGGAUUGAAGUGGAUUUUGGGGAGCGGGAGGAUUGUGAGGAACUGAUGACUUUGCUCCACAAACUCCAGAAGAAGUGUGAGAAGCUCCAAAAGAAUUUGAUUACCUUUUCGUCACCCCCUAUGGGUAGACGGCAGACCUGUCUCACCCUGGAGAUACUGUCGGCUGAAGGCUUCGAGAUGGACAGCUUGUACGUGGAGUACCACAUCAAGAUUCCAGAGUCAAUGGAAUGCGAGGGCAGUGUCCGCGGCCGGAGCCACGUGUCCAGCUCCGGCGGGGCGCCGCGCUGGGCGCUCGGCUGCCUCGUGGAGCUGCGGCUGGAGGUGGAUGUACAUAUUGAACCGGAACCUUUACAAAUAUUCUUCGAAGUUAUAUCCACGGAUUGGUGGGGGCGCCACCGCACUGAAGGCUAUAGCUAUCUCCCUCUGACACUAGCCCCCGGCCGACACAAGAAGCAGCUGUCCUGCUCUAGACCCGAAGAGAUAGACAAAGUCAAAGCGGAGAGCAGAAGGUUUUUUGUUGGCGGCUGUCAUUUGAUCAAAGAUUUAGAAGUGUUGGCGAAGCCACAACUUCAGAACACGAGUUUCACCUUCGUGUCGACGGGAACGCUGUCCGUCGUGUACGACGUGGUGUCGCAGGGCCCCGGGCCCGCGGCCGGGCGCGGGGCCCUGAGCGGGGGCGCGGGCGGGGGCGCGGGCGGGGCGCGGGGCGCCGCAGUGCUGCGCGGGGCCGACGUUGCACUCCGGCAGUACACAAAGGCCCGCGCCAGACUGGCGGCCGCGACUCGGGACUUGCCCAGCGACCUCUAGCGGCGAGGAGUGAAAUGAAAAAACAGCGGUCGCUAAAAAAACUGGUCAAUAAAUAUUCAUACUGUCUGAUAAAUUGUUUUUUGUUUUA